AGCUGACUGACGCGAACAGCUGGAGAAGGGCUUGGUGUUGUGACGACCCACGUGUGUAACGCACGAAUAUAAAUAACACGCGCAACGCACACUCUUCAGCCCCUUUAGACACCAAAAUGCUCAUGUUUAGCGGUUUCCUGCAUCAGCACUUCGUGGCAGUGAGAUUUAAUUCGCGGGUGAAUGGCAUGAUGAUAUAAUGCGAAAUGUUUGGAUGACCUCAUCGGAAGCGCUGGGAAUGACAAUGUCUCCAGUUUUUCCAGUUUCACUUCAGGCAGCUGAAAGCCGCAAACCAUAAAGCGACUCUUCACGGACGAAUGCCUUAAAUAUUAUAGUCAUCAUUUGUCAUGAUGGACUGUCCAUCACGCAAUGCGUACUGGCCUCUUAUUCGCUUUCUGCUGCCGCUAGCCAUUACAAAUAUAGCCAUCGACUUCGGAGAACAGGCUCUAAACAGGGGCAUCGCUUCCGUGAAAGAGGACAGGGUUGAGAUGUUGGCCAGCUAUGGUCUGGCAUACUCGCUUAUGAAGUUCUUUACUGGACCUAUGAGCGACUUCAAAAAUGUGGGACUCGUGUUUGUCAACAGUAAAAAGGAGAGAACCAAGGCAGUCCUCUGUAUAGUUGUGGCUGGGGUCAUUGCCAUCAUCCUCCACACCCUAAUAGCUUACACAGAUCUGGGCUACUACAUCAUAAAUAAACUCCACCAUGUGGAUGAUUCAGUAGGAAGCAAGACAAGAAAGGCAUUCCUGUACCUUGCAGUAUUUCCAUUAUUAGAUGCAAUGGCGUGGAUUCAUGCUGGCAUCCUCCUCAAGCACAAGCACAGCCUGCUAGUGGGAUCUGCCUCUAUCUCUGAUGUUGUUGCACAGAUAAUAUUUGUGGCGAUUCUUCUCCAGAGUAACCUGGAAUGUUUAGAGCCUCUUCUCAUUCCCAUUGUCUCUCUGUACAUGGGAGCUCUGGUGCGGUUCACUAUCGUAGGACUGGGCUACUACUGUAAAGUCCACGACAAUAUUCCAGAGUCAAGCAGUAUUGAACAGGGGGGCGACACCACUGUAAGGAAGAUGCUAAGUUUUUGGUGGCCACUUGCUCUCAUUUUGGCCACUCAGCGCAUCAGCAGGCCCAUUGUCAAUCUGUUUGUCUCUCGGGACCUCAAAACCAGCGCUGAAUCAACCGAAGCGGUAGCAGUACUCACAGCAACAUAUCCGGUUGGUCACAUGCCCUAUGGCUGGUUAACAGAACUACGUGCCGUCUAUCCAGCAUUCGAUAAGAAUAACCCUACUAAUAAGUUAGCCAGUGGUCUGACAGUCACCAAAUCACAUAUCCAGAGGUUCACCCUUUGCUGUUUUCUCCUCUCCUUAACGAUGUGUUUCAUUGUAUUCUGGACGCCUCAUGUUUCUGAACGCAUUCUGGUAGAUGUCAUUGGGGUGGAUAUGGCCUUCGCACAUCUCUGCAUCAUUCCACUGCGAGUCUUUUCCUUCUUCCCUGUGCCUGUUACGGUUCGAGCUCAUCUGACGGGCUGGUUAAUGACGUUAAAGAGAACUUGUGUGCUGGCACCUAGUUCAGUUCUGCGCAUCGUUGUGCUCAUCACCAGCCUUCUGGUGCUGCCUUACAUGGGAGUGCAUGGUGCCACACUGGGAGUGGGGUCUUUAUUAGCAGGAUUCAUGGGGGAGUCCACCAUGGUCGCAGUGGCUGCCUGUUAUGUAUACCGAAAACAGGUGAGAAGCAAUCAGAUUGCAGAAGUCAAUGCAGAAAUGGUUGUGGAGGACAACUCUUCCCCGAUGAAUGAAGUCACCUCCAGGACAGAGUUAGAUGUCACUGAAGAGGCUGAGAAUGAGCAGGUGGAAACAGAAGAUGAAUGAAUCAAGGAAUGGGAAGAAAAGGUCUUGGAUUUUUGACGACAAGAAGCUAGUACUUUAUCAUUAUACUAUUUUUCUUUUUUUUUCUUUACAUUUCUACAAUCUCUCCAUUACCCCAGUGGAACUGCCAGCUUGAUUGAUGCUUGUAUGGGGUAGAAUGAGCAGAUCUGUCUACAUCAACUGCACUUUUUGCACUGAGGCAUAUUUACACAGAUGUCUUCCAAAGUUCCUGUUCUGCAGCCUGUGAACAUUUUUGCCAAAAUAGACCAUUGCAAUCAGAAAACAAAUCCUUGCAGAAAGACUGCACCAAGAACAGGCUUAAAAAGAUGUUUAUUAUCUGAACUUUGACCCUGAGACAUACAGUACCGUCCGUUUCCUCUUGCCUUGAGACGCACAAUGAAUAGUUACACUUUGAGUGUAUUAUAACUUGCUCAAGAGGAAUUUAUUUUACUGACUUGGGGCACAUACUAGAUUUGAUUAUGUCAGUUGAUUUAUUUUUGUAUUCACUGCACAAAUUCAGGUUUUGUAUACUUUGCAAAUGUCACUAUGGAGAUAUUUAGGUCUGAAGAUCAGAUCACUUCUAUAUACAAAAGGCUAUUUAUUUGAGCAUUGUGAAUGCAUGAAAUUAUCAUUUCUGAUCAGAUCUGAUCCAGUAUUUUGUGCUGGAACCACAUUAUAGAAUCCAUUUUCCUUUAUUUUCCAAAUCUUAGAAAUGUACUGUAAGUUUCACUUUCAAUAUCUGUUUUGUCAAAUUAAUGCAGAUUUUAGGUACUGUUUUACUUUAGGUGCUCGUGUUACUCUGUGCUUGUGGUUUAACUGAAUAACAGCUCAUACAGUAUGUCAACACAUACCAAUAAACUAAGCACUUGUGAAUACA